GGAACGCCCAGAAACUCUGGACGAUAUUGGUACCUCCUCCAUACUAUAGUUUUGCGCUUCUAUAUUUAUUCGGGCUAGCAACUACAGCACCUCCUCGUAGUUAUCACGUGAUACGCUAUUGUCCGAAGUAUAUGCUGAGACAGAUAUAAAUAUGAUUAAGUGCACAAAUUGAAAAAUUUCAUCAAUGACAGACUCAUUCCCGCUUUUGGGGGUUCCGAUAUCGGUUAAAGACCAGUUUCGCCAGAAGGGAUGCCGCAUCUCUUUUGGCGGCGUGGGCCGGUUUUUACUCGAUCAUGAAGAAGAAGAUCGUACUCUGACCACGCGGAUCCUACCGAUGAGGAAGACGUUGCAG